UUCCGAGAAAGCUUCUCAAUCAUACCUGCAUCCCGAAUACGAUUGACAGACACGGAGCGCUAUGGCUCUUCCCAACCUCAGGUCAAUCUUCGCAUCAUCGCGGACCUCAGAGGAGGAGCGGCAGGUAUCCCGAGUGACAUUCUACAAAUUCACGGCAUUUGUAGCCUCUUGCCUCGCUAUCUCCUUACUUGCCGCUCGUAAUUCUGGACGGGACUUUGGGGGAAAGGCGGCGAGAGGAGUGGCGGCUGCGCCUCGAUCCAAGUCAGACGACCGGCAUGCCUCUGGACCAGCAGCCGAAGCGGAUGAAGCUCGAAACUCCAAGCGAUCGCGGCAGAUCGCCAAAGCUUCUGAGCAAAUCGCUGAAACGAGGGCGUUUACGAACUGGAAUUCACUUUCUGUCAGCGAAGUCUCGAACGCGACCUUCAACGGACUCGGUGAUGAUAUGCCCGCUAAGAAACCCAGCGAUGAGUCUGACGAGGAGCGCCCGGCUCUAUACGGAAGCCGCCCAUUGCCCAGUGAUGAAGCGUCUGCUUCCUCUCAGGCAGGGAUCCGGUUAGGCGGGUCAGAACCGCAAGUCCGACAGCUGCAGAGAGGUUCUUCCGUAGCCUCUCAUCACGUCGGAGUUGAGACCACCACCGAGAGUCCUACCACUAUCGAGACCCUCGCAACUGAGCGACCCGAGCUGAAAUUGAGGCGAAAAGACUAGAGAAUGCAAGCGGAAGGCCUGGAGUGAAUGGAUGCCAUUGUUGCAUCUGCAGGACCCCGGAGGCGAGAUCUCAUCAGUUCACGACAUGCAUGAUCGAUCACUG